AUGCUUCGUGUAGUGCUGCGUCCUGAGUGGCUGCUGCCCAUGGGAACGAUAGGACCUGCAGGGGGGAACCGAGCAGGUAUUUUCUCUCUUCUGAAGUCAGAGCACAAGGCAAACGGCUUUGAUGGCAGCAGAAAGGAGCAUGAGGUGGGCCCACCCGGGGACGGCCCGGCUGUCCGCGUCCAGGCCCCUGUGCCCAUGGAGUCGGAGGAGAAGCAGAGGAAACCGCCGGGCAGCGACUGGGCCGGGAGGGGCGUGGUGGAGUCUCCCCCACGGGAGCCUGCUCGGGUGUCUGGCCACCACGAGGAGCGAAAAGCCGUUGGCGGGGCCGGGUUAGACGCCUGGAGUGCGUGUCAGAAACGCACAAACAGGCCAGCUCUGCUCACGGAAGCGGCAGGCGCCGGGCCCGUCACCACCUCCAGGGCCACGGGUCUUGACGGUGUCUCCCUGGGGCUCAGCGAGGGCUCUGGCUCCUCGCCGUCAGCCCUGCCCUGCCGAGCGCCCCGCCUCCCGCCCCCGACCCUGUGGCCUGGGGCGGGUCUCUGCCUCCUGCAGGCCCUCGUGGCUGUGGAUGGGUCGUGUGUGGACCUUGGAGGUGGCGUGCUGGCCGAACUCUAG